AUGGGGAGUCCUAAUCCCCGGCCGAAGCGGGCGCGCAGGGAGCUCACGCUGGAACAGAUCGAGGUCAUGGAGCCUUUCCACAAGAACUCCCGAACUGAGUACCCGGAGCCCUUCCAAAGGUUAUCAAGGGGAGAGCUCUCCCCACGAAAAGAGCAACACCAAGUGCAGGACGAGUUGGACCUACUCUUAGACCCUGAGGCGGAUAGGUACAUUGCUUCCCCCUUCGUGCCCGAUAUUGAGGACUACCCGGUGCCUGCGAAGUUGAAAAUACCGAGCAUGAAAUCUUACGAUGCAACCACGGAUCCGGAGGAUCACUUGUUCGCAUUCCUGACGCAAAUGCGCCUGCAAACAGCCGCGGAUGCAGUCAGAUGCAUGACCUUCCCAAUGUUCCUGGAGGGAAAGACACGUCAGUGGUUCCAGGGACUUCUUCCCAGGUCGAUCCGAUCUUUCAGCCAGCUCGCGCGACUGUUCUUAGCACAGUUCGUUUCGUCGCGAGCCUUAUCCAAAAGCACUGCUCAUCUGAUGACUAUCCAGCAAAGGCCCGAGGAGUCACUGCGCGAGUACAUGGUACGCUUCAACAAUGAAUCCCUCCAGAUCCGGGACCGGGAUGACAAGGUGGUCAUGGCCGCUUUCAUCAAUGGCCUGCGUAAGCAGAAGUUAUACACCGAGCUCGUGGAAAGACCUCCCAAGUCCGUUCUGGAGAUGCCAGACCGAGCUCACGAGAAGGCCAAUGCUGAGGAGGCUAAUCGCCUGAAGAGCGCGCAGGAAAGACAGAGGGAUGACAAACGCAGAAGGAGUGCCGAUCAGGAAGACGGGCGGCACAACCAGGGGCGAAAGAAUACCUACGACCACCUGCCUAAGAGGCAGCCCUUGGGAGGUGAUAAGCCCUGGACCUCUCUCACAGCGUCCUGA